AUGUCAUGUCUUCGUUGGAUUUCCCAUGGUCUCUCUUACUUGGCACCAGUUUGGAGUUUGGCUUUUGGGCUCCAAUUUUCAACUUAAAAGUCCAUUUUUAUUUCAAAUAAUGACAAAAUAAAUCAUAAAAACGAAUGUAAGAGAGUCAUUGAGGUUAGGUUCCCUCAUUUCUAUGCCAGAAAUUUACUUCUCCUGACUUCCUCACCAAGAACUGAGAUAAAUCCUUUGAAUCUAAGGUUUGAGGAUUCAUGACUAUGGAUGCUGCUGCGGAAUCAUCUGAAUCUAGAUUAUCCAGUUCCCAGUUGAACAAAAACAAGCCUUUUCACAACGAUGAGAGUUGUCCUAAAGAAGUAUUACCUGUUAGGGGUUGUGGGUCGAGGAAUACAAGCCCAUCAGGUCGGAUAGGAUCGAGGAACACUAGUCCGUCUAGGCAGAAGGUGGUAAAGACUAAACCACGGGGUUUAGAUGAGGAGACGGUUGCUACAUUUGGUAAGGCAGUUCAUCCUGAUGUUCAAAUGGAAGAUAACAUAUGGGCAAUGUUGCCUGAGGACUUAUUUAAUGAAAUUUUGGCAAGGGUUCCCCCAUUUAUGAUAUUCCGGCUUCGUUCUGUUUGUAAAAGAUGGAAUUCAAUACUUCAAGAUAAUAGUUUUCUCAAGUUUCACUCAGAAGUGCCAUCUCAUGGGCCAUGUCUACUUACAUUUUGGAAGAACUCACAGACUCCGCAAUGCUCAGUUUUUAGUUUGCCAUUAAAAACAUGGUAUAGAAUUCCAUUCAUUUUUUUGCCUCAGUGGGCCUUCUGGUUGGUUGGCUCUUCAGGUGGUCUAGUUUGCUUUUCUGGACUUGAUGGUCUAAUUUUCAGAGCUCUAGUAUGUAAUCCUCUUACACAAACUUGGAGAACACUGCCAAGCAUGAAUUAUAACCAGCAAAGACAGUUGAUUAUGGUCGUGGAUCGAACAGACAAAUCAUUUAAAGUUAUAGCCACUAGUGAUAUUUAUGGUGACAAGUCACUGCCUACUGAAGUAUAUGACUCAAAGAUUGAUAAGUGGACGGUCCACCAGAUAAUGCCUGCAGUAAAUCUGUGCUCCUCAAAGAUGGCAUAUUGUGACUCCAGGUUAUAUUUGGAAACCCUUUCACCCCUUGGCUUGAUGAUGUAUCGUCUUGACUCUGGAUAUUGGGAGCAUAUUCCAGCAAAGUUCCCUAGAUCUUUGCUAGAUGGUUAUUUGGUUGCUGGGACACAGAAGCGCCUGUUUCUGGUUGGAAGAAUUGGUCUUUAUAGUACCCUACAAAGUAUGAGAAUUUGGGAAUUGGAUCAUGCUAAGAUUAUGUGGGUGGAGAUAAGUAGAAUGCCACCUAAAUAUUUUCGAGCUUUGUUGAGACUAUCAGCAGAGAGAUUUGAGUGCUUCGGACAGGAUAAUCUUAUCUGCUUCACAUCUUGGAACCAAGGGAAGGGCCUAAUUUAUGAUGUGGAAAAGAAGGUUUGGUCUUGGAUUGCCGGCUGUGCUCUUCAGUCAUACAACAGUCAGGUUUGCUUCUAUGAGCCAAGAUUUGAUGCCUCUGUCCGCUGAGCUGGAAAAUUUCCUUUGAGAUGACCUGUUGAGAGGUUAACUUGUGGCUAGUAGUUCCUAUUUCUUUGUAAGAAAGAUGAUAUCUUCUUUCACACCCUACUUUUUUCUGCUUCCUGCACAUAUUUUGACGGGAAUUACUUCUCUGCUGUUGGCGGAUUGUGCCACCAAGUGAUCCUUGCUACUGCAUCAGCAUCGUGAACAUAUCCUUUUCAAGCUAUUUAUAUCACCAACAAUUUUUAGGCACUUGGUGAUAUCAUUCCAUACCUGGACUGAAUGAGGCACAUUGACACCGGGCUGGGUUGUACUUCAAUAACUAGGUGAGGGCUGAACUCCUUAAAGGUGUAUAUCAUGGGACUAAAAGAAUUGUAAGAAUUUUUGCACUGGCCUUUGCUUACUAAUUUAACUCAUAAGAAAUUUCAUCUCGUAAUGUUAUUUUACUUUUGUUGCCUGUUGAUUUAUGUCAUAGUGGCUGAUGUAUGUCAUUCUGCUGACUUCAUCACAGCUUGUACACGUUGUACUUUCAGUGCUCUUAACUCUCCUCUUAGUGAUUGAGAAGCUCUUCUGGACCCUCUUUACUUUUGUUCUCCUUAAAUAAAUCUAUUACGGGUGUUUGAAUUCUUUAUAGAGGUAAUAUGAUAUAAAUUUACCACAAAUAAAAUAAUAAAUUGGUGUUUUUCAUGAUCUUCAAAAUUGAUUUAGAGCAUCCUUGGAUUAUAUACUGUCAUUAUUUCUCAUGAAAAAAACAAAGAAAAUUGUAACACUUGAAUUUGAUUAUGGUUUGUGAAGAAUUAAUCCAAUCUUGUGCUUACUAUGAACCGACACAAGAUUAAUUGUAUGCUGUCUUUUGCUGCACUGGAUGAAUCAACAUUGUGCAUUCUCCUUUUAGAUUAUUCAUCCUAGCAAUUUUUAGGAGUUUAUUUUUAACUAAUUGGAAAUGUUAAGGUCAUGUUCCCCUGAAAUAUGUUGGACACUCACACCUGAAAAUAUUUUAACUGGUACUGCAUUUGUUGUUAAUCAUUAAGCAAGCCUGUUAGCUUCUAGUUUACCUUGAUGGUUAGUUUCAGUAAUGCUUCUUGCUUGCUGCUGGAUGGUCGCCCUUUAUUCUUGCUUAAUUGAUGAUCCACAUGUUCUUAGAGUGACUUAAAAAUAAUAAUAUGCUUUAUAAAGCCAACAGGAGCAAUUAAUUCGUUUUCCAGAAUCGGGAUUUGGUUUUGGUGAGGCUGAGAGCUAGUAGUAGAAUUUGGCUAGUUUUUAUUAUUCUGCACAUGGCAGUCUUAGGCAGCUUCACCAACAAGGAAAACAUUGAAACUACAGAAACGUUGUUAUUCCAUGUAAAAUUUUCCAUAGUUUGCAGUCUGAUGACUCUCAUGCAUUGCAUCUGAUGUCAAUUGAUGAGGCAGUAUCAUUUACAAAUUUCAACUGCAUUGCCCGUUUGAGUUGAAUGAACAAUAAUGUGUUGAUUCUGGUUUCAGCAUGGUUGCUGCUGAGGAAGGUAAGUUCCUCUUCAUUACCUCCUACGAACAGAAACAGGGUUUGAUUACAUAUGAAAAUGAAACUUCAGAUCUGGUGCUAAAGGAGUUGUAUCAAUUCAUUAUCACCAUUAAUCGGUGAUAGGUUACAAACUAAAUAAAUUGCAAGAGAUGCUAGUUGUUAUAUCCUGCUCCUGUAGGGUAGCAUAUUAAGAAUGCUUUAAAUUUGAGAACAUUUGUUGAUUUGGGUUAAACUGUUGUAAUAGUAUAACAUAUUAAUAUUUUCUUUGCCCGUGGAUAACUGGAAAUCCGCGUUGUUGCUGCAGUGAAUUGAAUGUGUUGCAUAAGUAAUAGUGAGGAACAUCGUUCCGAGGAUUGUGUUUUGAACCACAUAUAGAAAGAUUAUAACCAUGUUGAAUAUUGAAGUAUAGAUGCAUCAUCAAAAGAAGCUGACAGGUUCUCAUUGAACUGACGGACAUAGUCUGUUGCUGUUGGUGGUUACCCUAGGAUGAAGCUCCAGAGUGUUAUUACUGCAACUGGAACUACUUCUGGGCUAUCUGGUUUGACCUUCUUGUUAAGUGGUUGAGCUAAAUGAUGACUUUGUUGCAGUGUGGGUUUACUUGGCUUACCUUAUUCUGAAUUCUGAAACAUCUUUGAAUUGACCUUAUCAAAUAAAACAACAUGAUGGAGCAGAAAUUGUUGAAGUUUGAAAGGACUGCAUGUACCAUUCAUCAUCCUCUCAAACCAUAUCACUUUUUCCAUUUAUGUUGUUCAAUUUUUUUUAAUGGUCAAAAGUGAUCAUUUAAGUAAAAUGAGACGAAAUUCAUCAUAUAAAUAAUAUUUUUGCCAAUUUUUUGGUGAGAAAAGCAAUAUAAAACUCUUCCUUUUAUCCUUUGUUCAAGUUGGUGUAUUUUUGUUUUUGUAUAUCCGUAGUAGGGCAAAAUAUUGGAAGAAAUGUUUCCAUUACAGUUUAAUCAUAGGAAUGAUAUUCCGUGUAAUUUAGGGAAGAUGGGUGAUAAAAUGGUAAAUGGAAGAUGGAAAGCUCCAAGAUAUUUCGUUGUAAAGGAAAGAAAAUUUAUUGUAUUAAAGAAGAAACAAAAAGGCAAUCUAAAAGGAAUCUUUUUAUUUUCUUGGAUUGCCAAAUAAUUUCUUGACAA